CAUGGCCUUCGCCACCCGCCACUUCGUGCGCGCCGCCUCCUCCGCCGCCGCCACGGCGUCCGCCAAGAAGCUGAUCGUCAAGCAUGUGACGGUCAUCGGCGGCGGCCUCAUGGGCGCCGGCAUCGCCCAGGUUGCAGCAGCCAGUGGUCACACUGUGGUCUUAGUAGACCAGUCAGAUGAAAUCCUUAAAAAGUCUGCAAAAGGAAUUGAAGAGAGUUUGAAGAGAGUGACAAAGAAGAAAUUUGCGGAUAAGCCUGAGGCUGGUGCUGAGUUCAUCGAGAAGACCUUAAAGAACCUCACAACGAGCACAGAUGCAGUAGCAGUGGUCCACAGCACGGAUCUGGUGAUAGAAGCCAUUGUGGAGAACCAGGAAAUUAAAAAGGAACUCUUCAAGAGGCUGGAUAAGUUUGCUCCAGAGCAUACGAUAUUUGCAAGCAACACUUCAUCCUUGCAAAUCACGCAGUUGGCUAACUCAACCACCAGGCAGGACCGGUUUGGUGGUCUCCAUUUCUUCAAUCCUGUGCCUAUGAUGAAGCUUGUGGAGGUCAUCAAGACUCCAAUGACUAGCCAAAAGACUUUCGAAUCGCUUGUGGAUUUCAGUAAAGCGGUAGGAAAGAGUCCCGUCAGUUGUAAGGAUACUCCAGGGUUUAUUGUAAACCGUCUCUUGGUGCCAUAUAUGAUGGAAGCUGUUCGACUUUUUGAGAGAGGUACUUGUUGGGAUAUUGACUUCAGGGAAUAUGGGGGAUCUUCUCUGUUCAUCAAACUGUCAAUCUUUUCUCUAGGAGAUGCAUCAAAGGAAGAUAUUGAUGUUGCUAUGAAGCUUGGGGCUGGCUAUCCCAUGGGUCCAUUUGAGCUGCUGGACUAUGUUGGGUUGGAUACCAGUAAAUACAUUAUAGAUGGAUGGCAUUCAUUAGAGCCCAACAAUCCUCUUUUUGCCCCCAGCCCACUCCUGAAUAAACUGGUAGAAGAGAAGAAGCUGGGUAAGAAGACUGGGGAAGGAUUUUACAAAUACAAAUGAACUCCAAACCUCGAGAGGUGUUAAAGUAUCCGUGUAUGCUACUCAGCAUUGCCGUAUUAGGUGAAUUCUAUUUAAACCUUUCCAGGGAUGGCACAAACUGCAUUUAGAACAUAAGCCAUCUCUGAACUGAGUGAUUGCACUAGUUAACUAUUUCUCUGCUGAAAGCUUGAUUUGGUAGGUUAUUUUUUUCUUGUAAUUCUGAAAAGCCUUAUAUGUACAGUGCCUUCAUGCAGAUGUUGAUUUUUCUGGUGCAGGACAGAAUAAGUGAAUUUAUGUAUUUGAAACAUUGUAUUGAUGGGGAAAAUCCUACAAAUAACCGCACUUUCUUAAAAAUAAAAUUUUCAACAAUUCUGUAUUGAA